UAUAGGUCACCUUCCAUCCUAUUUCUUUCCUCACCCAAACCAACAAACCACCAAAUUAAUCCAUAUAUAGAGAGAGUUAGGAAAACAAUGGAAGCCAUUUCUCCUAAGCAUCUUAUGACAUCCCUUGUAAUAAUUAUAGCUUCUAGUUUGACCGCACACUGUGGCUGUGCCAAGAGAGGGGGUGAAAGACCAUACAAAGAAGCCAACACACUGUUCAUAAGAACAUCAUGCAGCUCCACAACAUAUCCAAGACUCUGCUACAGCUCCUUAGUGAAGCAUGCAGACUUGAUCCAAACAAAUCGUGUGGUUCUGACAGGCGCAGCCCUGAAUGUGACUCUUGCGUCAGUGAAAUCGACAUCGGCAAUGAUGUCAACGCUGGCAAAGAAGCAGGGGCUGAAGCCAAGAGAGGUUGCAGCGAUGCAGGACUGUGUGGAGCAGCUGAGUGACACUGUGGAUGAACUGAGAAGGUCUAUUGCUGAGAUGAGUGAUCUAAGAGCUUCCAAUUUUGAGAUGAUAAUGAGUGAUGUACAAACAUGGGUGAGUGCCGCUUUGACGGAUGAAACCACCUGCAACGAUGGCUUCCAAGAGAUCACUGCUGCCACUGAUAUUAAAAGCACCGUCAGAAGACUCGUUAUUCAGGUAGCUCAAUUGACUAGCAAUGCCUUGGCUUUGAUAAAUAAGCUAGCCAAUUCUUAAUUAACUUCAAACUCCACCACUCUUCUCUUGUACUGUUACAUACACAACAUGGAUUAUACUCUUCUUGUCUCAAUUUAAUUACGUGAUCUUCAACUCCUGGAGAUAGGUAGCAACGUACGCGUGUUGGUGUGAAAUGUUGUAAAUAUGUAAUUAUCAAUUAGUUGAGAUUGUUGUUACCGCUGGCUAGUGUUAAUGUCUCGGGCCUACUAGCGGGUGGACAGAUUUUAGUGAUGUGAAUUAGACACUUAUAUUGUCUAUUUUCUCUUUCUUUCUUUUUUCUUUGGGUGAAUAUAUUACGUGUAUCAUUCAUAUAAAGUGAAGUUGAUAUGGCCAUAUAAACAUUUUGAA